ACCAUAACCAGUCUCAGUUCAUUGGUCGAAGGGUUUGUUCAACUGUCGACGUGCGCCGAAUUUGUUCAGUAUUCAAAGUUUGUGUGUUGAUAACAGCCUAAUAAAUUUCGACUGUUGACUUUUGCUGGCUUAAAAUUUAUCAUGUCUAAUCCAGAGCUCUACUAUGACGACGUAAGCCCUCCGGUCCGCGGUGUUUUGCUCACAAUUGCAGCUUUGGGUAUCGACGACCAAAUCGAUUUAAAGUUGGUUCGUCUCUUUGAAGGAGCGCAUCUAUAUAAGGACUUUGUCAAACUAAAUCCAUUGCACACAGUACCUGUCCUAAAACAUGAUGAUCUGGUCCUGACUGAUAGUCACGCUAUUGUGAUGUAUCUGUGUGACAUAUACGCGCAGAACGACGACGAAUUUUCGUUGAACGACCCGAGGCAGCGUGCCCGUGUGCACAAUCGACUUUGCUUCAACAACGCUGUCCUAUUUCAAAGAGAUGCAGAACUCAUGCGGAGUAUAUUCCACAGAAAGAUAGCGUCAGUUGAAAAGCACCAUUUAGCUCCGAUAGAGGAAGCCAUCGACUAUUUGGAAGUCUACCUGACUAAAUCAAAGUUUGUAGCGUGUGAUCGGCUAACGGUGGCGGAUUUCCCAAUUGUAGCAACUCUGAGCACGGUGGAAACUAUCUGCCCUAUAUUGGAGAGUAGAUGGCCAAAGGUGACCGCGUGGUACGAGACCAUGAAACAGUUGCCCUAUUACAAAAAGGCAAAUCAAGUCGGACUGGAUAAGAUCAAGAUCAAGCUCAUGGCUAUAAUGGAAAAAUGACUUAUUGUUGUUGCAUUGUGAGUUUUAUAUUAUGUAUUCUGUGAAAAGAUGAAUAAAUAUAACAUGGUAAUCUCA